GCAUCUCACCCAGAGCCAGACUUUGAGCGUUUCCGGGCUCCGGAACGCCGCUAUGAGAUUGGAAAGAAGGGGAACUGAGAGGAAAAAACUGAGUAGAAGGAAGUUCAUCCAACUUCCAAGCAAUGGAGCUGGAAAUUAAACCCCAGCAGCUGUGAGACUCUGGAGCCCGCACUCAUACGGAUCGUGGGUGGGUGACUGAAAUGAAGCCUCUCUGGAUGACCAUGGCAUGGCAGCAUGAGCAGCGCCCCCGCGCCGGGCCCGGCGCCCGCCUGCCUCACGCUCUGGGACGAGGAAGACUUCCAGGGUCGUCGCUGCCGCCUGCUGAGCGACUGCGCCAAUGUCAGCGAGCGCGGAGGCCUGCGCAGGGUGCGCUCCGUCAAGGUGGAAAACGGCGCUUGGGUGGCCUUUGAGUAUCCCGACUUCCAGGGGCAGCAGUUUAUCCUGGAGAAGGGAGACUAUCCUCGCUGGAGCGCCUGGAGCGGCAGCAGCAGCCACCACAGCAACCAGCUGCUGUCCUUCCGGCCAGUGCUCUGCGCGAACCACAGUGACAGCCGUGUGACACUGUUUGAAGGGGACAACUUCCAGGGCUGCAAGUUCGAACUCACUGAUGACUAUCCGUCCCUGCCCUCCAUGGGCUGGGCCAGCAAGGAUGUGGGGUCUCUCAAAGUCAGCUCUGGAGCGUGGGUGGCCUACCAGUACCCAGGCUACCGAGGCUACCAGUACAUCCUGGAGCGGGACCGGCACAGUGGGGAGUUCCGCACCUACAAUGAGUUCGGCACCCAGGCCCACAGUGGGCAGCUGCAGUCCAUCCGGAGAGUCCAGCACUAGGCUUUGUGGCCCCAGACACCUCCCCUGAGGGCCCUCAA